CUUUGGGAAUCUGCAAAUGAAAUAUCAGAGCGACGAAAGAACCUAGAUUACGAUGCUCUUUAUGUUCAAAGUUUUACAUUUGGAGUGCUCAAAAUUUUGGUGAAGAGAGGUAUUAAUCUUGUUGUUGGUGGUGGAGAUCCUUAUGUUGUUAUCACGAUGGGCGAUCAGAGUGUGGAGACUCGUGUUGUGACAAAUGAUGUUCAUCCUAUAUGGGAUGAGGUACUCACAAUUUACGUUUUCGAUUCUAGCCGUCCAGUUUCUCUGACAGUGCGAGACCACAACAAGUUGAGCAACAUGGAUAACAAGAUGGGUAAUGCAGUGAUUGAUAUUAAACCAUUAUUAGAAGCCGGUUGGGUGCAUCAAAAUGGCCUUCCAAACGGUACAACAAUCACAAGAAUAUUGCCUUCAAGCUCCAAUUGCCUGUCUAAAGAAAGUUCCAUUGUCUGGGAAAAUGGGAGAGUAAUACAGGACAUGUGCUUGAGAUUGGAAAAUGCCGAAUGUGGCCAAGUCGAACUUCAACUCUGGUGGAUUGAUUAAAUAGAAUCUGGUGAAAUUGAACUUCGGUCGAGUGGUUGAAGUUCCUACUUCCACUAAUUUAAGGGUGUGGUUGGAUCAAAUUAAACAUUGAGUAAAAUAAUGAAAUUGCAAUGUAAAAUAAUUUAUACGUUUAACGAAAUCAUAUAUUUAAAUGGAAAUUUUGU